UGAAAAAAAUCCUUUUCCGGUUGGACUCCCUUCUCCCUCGUGGAAACCCCUCUCAACUUCCUUUUCUGAAGUGAACAUGGGUUACACUAACCAGCCCAUUGUCAUUGACGGCAGGGGCCACCUUUUGGGUCGGCUCGCUGCUCUGGUCGCGAAAACGCUCUUGCAAGGUCAAAGAGUGGUUGUCGUGAGAUGUGAAGGCAUUAACAUCUCUGGAAACUUUUACCGCAACAAGUGCAUGCUGCCCCACAAGACUACCCAUGGAAAAGAAGCCCUUGGUCGUCUGAAGGUGUUUGAAGGCAUCCCUCCCCCAUAUGAUAAGAAGAAGCGUAUGGUGGUCCCUUCUGCUCUCAGGGUGGUCAAAAUGCACCCAACAAGGAAGUUCUGCAGCCUGGACCGUCUGUCCCAUGAGGUUGGCUGGAAAUACCAAGGGGUUGUGGCCACCCUUGAAGCAAAGAGGAAGGUGAAGUCCAGGGAGUUCUACGACAGGAAGAAGCAGAUGCUGAAACUGAGAGAACAAGCCAGGAAAAACGUCGCCAAGAAAAUUGCACCCUACCAGAAAACAAUGACCGAGUUGGGUUAUUAAAGUUUCUGUUCAUAAAUUAUGUCA